CUUGUUCGUUCUUUGAACUCGUUGCUUCCUCGCAGACCUCCUUUGGGAAGACACCGUCUCGCGGCGGCGAGAGAUCACCACCGAGAUCAACCGCCGAAGGGCGGCCAAAAUGGCCAAAACACCCCUUGAUCCACCCCUUUCGUCUUCUCGACUCGCUCUCGUCGCCCUCCUCUCCGCCACCUCCGUCUUCUUCCUCUGGAAGUCCCGCCGCCGUCUCCGCGUCCUUCUCUCCCCCUACUCCUCCAUGAAUACCCCAAAACCUAGCCCUAGGGGAAAAAUCAUCUACGCCUCCGCCACCGGCACGUCCAGGUCUCUCGCUGGCCGCCUCUCCGACUGCCUCCGCUCCCACGGCCUCGCCUUCGAUCUCGUCGACCCGAGGCACUACGAGCCGGAGGACCUCCCCAAGGAGGCCCUCGUCCUGAUCGUGGCCUCCACCUGGGAGGAGGGGCGGCCGCCGGCCGACGCCCAGUUCCUCGCCCGGUGGCUCGCCGAGAGCGCCGCGGACUUCAGGGUCGGGUCGCUGCUCCUGGCCAAGUGCCGGUUCGCGGUGUUCGGCGUCGGGUCGAAGUCGUACGGCGAUAGUUUCAAUGCUGCGGCCAAGGACUUCUCGAAGUGGAUGAGGGCGCUCGGGGCCUCGGAAAUGGCGCCGGUGUGGGAAGGGGAUGUGGAUUCUGGGGAUGUCGAUGAGGUGUUCGAAGUAUGGAGUCGACGGAUUGUUGCAUUACUGAAGGGAGAGGAUUUGAAAAAAGAGUCGGGACAUUCCGGUUCUAUGGUGGAGAGCGUUGGUUUUGAUGAAUCUGACGAAGAGGUAGAGGAGGAAGUCCUGGAACCGGUUGUCGUGGAUAUGGAGGACAUUGCUGGAAAAGCUCCUUCGAGGAGACCAUCUGUUGCUUUAACGAACGGUUGGGAGAAUGGUGUGAAAGAUAUGGUUACACCAGUUAUUAGGGUAAACUUGGAGAAGCAGGGAUAUAAAAUUAUUGGUUCACACAGUGGAGUAAAACUAUGUAGGUGGACAAAGUCACAGCUCCGAGGUCGUGGGGGUUGUUACAAGCACUCAUUUUAUGGCAUAGAGAGUCACAGGUGUAUGGAAGCAACACCUAGUUUGGCUUGUGCAAAUAAAUGUGUUUUCUGUUGGAGGCAUCACACAAACCCUGUUGGGAAGAGCUGGCGGUGGAAGAUGGACAAUCCUCUAGAAAUUGUAGAUGUUGCCAUCGAUGAGCACACUAAAAUGAUUAAGCAAAUGAAAGGUGUUCCAGGAGUAAAGCCAGAACGCUUGUCAGAAGGUCUCUCUCCUAGACAUUGUGCCUUGUCUCUUGUUGGUGAACCAAUAAUGUAUCCGGAGAUUAAUACACUUGUUGAUGAGUUACAUAGGAGACAUAUAUCUACUUUCCUUGUUACAAAUGCUCAAUUUCCUGACAGGAUAAAAAUGUUGAAACCCAUAACACAGCUAUAUGUCAGUGUAGAUGCAGCUACAAAAGACAGUCUAAAGGCAAUUGAUAGACCACUCUUUGGUGAUUUCUGGGAGCGCUUUCUGGAUUCACUAAAAGCUCUGCAAGACAAGGAACAACGAACAGUUUACCGAUUAACUUUGGUUAAAGGGUGGAAUGCAGAAGAUGUAGAGGCAUAUGCAAACUUGCUUGGUAUUGGAAAGCCUGAUCUAGUUGAAAUCAAAGGCGUGACGUAUUGUGGCACUUCUGCCACAUCAAAGCUGACAAUGGACAAUGUUCCUUGGCAUUCUGAUGUUAAAGCCUUUUCAGAGGCUUUGGCAAUGAAAAGCAGUGGUGAAUAUGAGGUCGCCUGUGAGCAUGCUCAUUCUUGCUGCGUCCUCCUAGCAAAGGUGGAUAAGUUCAAGAUAAAGGGUGAAUGGUACACAUGGAUAGAUUAUGAACGAUUUCAUGAGCUGGUGGCUUCAGGAAAGUCAUUCAAGACAGAAGACUACAUGGCUCGUACGCCUUCCUGGGCUGUAUAUGGUGCAGAGGAAGGUGGAUUUGAUCCAGAUCAAUCUCGAUACAGGAAAGAGAGGCGUCAUGGAGCUGCAAGCGUGCAGACCUAGCUGGUCACUGUUCAAGUGGCGCUAUGUAUUUUUCGCCAACCAGCAGGUGCUGAGCCAGAUCAGUUUCUUGCGGUAAAGUUUUACUCUUGUUGUUGGGUAUGUGUACUGUAAAUUGCUUGCAGAAUACUUAGGUAGACGAUCAGGAAGUUAUGAUUAGCUACCUGGUCAGAUAAAUUUUUGCAUGUUUUGCCCUCCAAAGAGGAACUUUUUGCAGACACAUCUAUAUGGGGGAUCAAGUAGCAGGUGAAAGCAUAGUUGUUUUGCCAAACAUCUAUUUUGAUCAAUGAGAAGAUCAAAAUUAUAACUAA